AUGGGCGGUCGGUCCUCAAAACGACAGAGGAGUCCUUCCCCACCGCGGCCUCCUCCCCCACCACCACCACCUCCGCCCCCACCACCGCCGCCUCCUCCCCCACCGCCCCCUCCCCCACCGCCGCCUCCUCCCCCACCGCCGCUUCCACACAACUAUGAAGCUAUUUUGAGAGAUGCUGACUCACUCAUCAACAAAUCCUCAGUGGAAAACCUCCUUGAAAAGCUCCGUGCCGGAAUAACCUUAAACCAAAAGAGAAAGCUAAGCCCAGCAUCUGAAAUUCAAACACUAUGCUCAGAUGAUUUAAAGUAUUGGGUUGACAAGAAGUCCAACAACUGCUUUAUGGUGUAUGCAAGGGAUCUCUCGAUCUCUUGGGCUGAAGACGAUCGUAACUGGCUCUGGCCCUCCCUGCAAGAAACCAGUGGUGACGUCAUUGAUGCUGCUGAAAUGAUUAAUGAAUGUUGGCUAGAAGUGCACGGACAAUUUGAGACUACAAAGCUGUCACCAGGAACUCUGUAUGAAGUUGCGUUUGUGGUCAAGCUGAAAGAUUCAGCUGAAGGAUGGGAUGUUCCAGUGAAUGUCAGUCUCACUCUUCCAGAUGGCAGCAAACAAUGGCAUGAAGUUAAGUUGAAGGAAAUCCCAAGAGAGCAAUGGAUAGAGAUUUCGGUUGGCGAGUUUAGAGCAUCACCCGAAAUACCUGGGGACAUGGAGUUUUCGAUGUAUGAAUAUGACAGUGUGAAAUGGAAGAGAGGACUUGUUAUCAAGGGUGUUAUCAUUCGGCCUAAAAAUUAA